CUGAGACUCAGCAGCCAGUACUGGAGAGGAGUGGACUACCAGAGGAGCUGACUGGAGCUUCUGGAUCACAGAUCUGGAGCUUUUUUUACUUUGACACCAGUGACAGAGACAACUGCUGCUGUUGGAGAUGACAGGACUGUCACUGCAGGAACAGCAUCCCUCCGCUCUGGGAACUUUUCUCUGUCAUGUGAGCUUGAAAAUUACUGGAGACGUUUGAUCUAAGAGGCACAAACAUUGGAGAAUUUCUACCUCAUUUAGGAGUUAGGAGCAUUCAAAGACAAUCAGUUGCAGCCCUGCUGAAUAAAAACCAUAUUCAUCACAAACUCCAGGAUGAAGACUCAUCUCCUCUGCUUGGAGUUACUCUUCCUUUUGGCGAGUCACAUCCUUGUGGCCAGUGGGCAGCUGGAGCCAAUGAAACAGGUGCCCCAGGGCCCUCUUACCGUAACCCAGAGACUUGGACUCAUAGAGAGGGAUGUGCAAGGUCCAGUGAGGUCCAACAUCACCAUGCCCCGUCGCCGGCUACCUCCCAUGUGCACUGGACCCACAGAAAUCCGAGACACCUUUAAGUACAUUAAUACGGUGGUGUCCUGUUUGGUGUUUGUUGUCGGUAUCAUUGGAAAUUCCACUCUUCUGAGGAUCAUCUAUAAGAAUAAGUGCAUGCGUAAUGGGCCAAACAUCCUGAUUGCCAGCCUGGCACUAGGAGACUUGCUGCACAUCAUCAUUGGCAUUCCCAUUAAUGUUUACAAGCUCCUGGCAGAAGACUGGCCAUUCGGGGUGACUCUAUGCAAGCUAGUGCCCUUUGUCCAGAAAGCGUCAGUGGGGAUCACAGUGCUGAGUCUGUGUGCUUUGAGUAUCGACAGGUAUCGUGCCGUGGCCUCGUGGAGCCGUAUCAAAGGGAUUGGAGUUCCAAAAUGGAUGGCUAUUGAGAUAGCGCUCAUCUGGAUAUUAUCCAUCAUCCUGGCUGUCCCAGAGGCAAUAGCCUUUGACAUGAUCACCAUGGACUACAAAGGAGAACACUUGAGGAUCUGUUUGCUGCACCCCAUGCAGAAGACUGACUUUAUGAGGUUUUAUAAAUCAGCAAAGGACUGGUGGCUGUUCAGUGCAUAUUUCUGCCUACCGUUGGCCUGCACUGCUAUUUUCUACACCCUAAUGACCUGUGAGAUGCUGAGGAAGAAGAACGGAGUCCAGAUUGCUCUUAGUGAUCACCUCAAACAGCGGAGGGAGGUGGCUAAGACAGUAUUCUGUCUGGUUCUGGUCUUUGCUCUAUGCUGGCUGCCUCUCCACCUCAGCCGUAUCCUGAAGCUGACCAUCUACGAUGAGAAAGACCCAAACCGCUGUGAACUGCUCAGUUUCUUUUUGGUGUUGGACUACAUCGGCAUCAACAUGGCAUCUGUCAACUCCUGCAUCAACCCAAUCGCCCUCUACAUGGUCAGCAAGCGCUUCAAGAGUUGCUUCAGGUCCUGCCUGUGCUGCUGGUGCCUACCGCCUGAGAUGUUGAUGGAUGAGAAGCAGUCAUGCAUGAAGCUGAAAGUCACCGAGCGAGCCUCCGACCAGAGCAACUCCCGCAUGACCAACAAAUCUAGUACAGCCUGAGGAGAGGUCUAGAAGUGAGAAAAGAGAUAUGAUGACCAAAAAAACCAAAUUAUUGAAGUAUGGCUGACUGAAUGUGGAAAAGUGUCGAUUCUUGCCUCAUCUACAACAUCAUAUGAAGUCUCCUUCAACUCCUAACAGACAUUCCCUUGGAAAUCAGCCCACUUGCUAACAUAAAACUCUGAACACUUGCCAUUAUGGAGCAGUGCACACUCUCCCUGUCCAAGAAGAAAAAAGCAUUAGUGCGCUUAGAAAAGCUGUAUUCUUGGAUAAUAACUGUGACACGUGUGAAGCAGGCAAACCAGUGUUAAUAACUCCAAAUAUCGAGAGCUGAGCAAGGGCGAAGUUCAGUCCAAGUGUUAAGUAAAACUGGGGGUCAAAGGUCGAUUAGCAAAGACAGCUCAUCAGGCUCACAGUCUGGAUAGUGAAUGUUACUUUGAUGCUAUGAAUCUUGCAAUAAGUUCUGUAUUGCAUGGAUUAUAUUCAAGUGUGAUGGUGUGUUAUGUAUUGCUACCACACACUGCAGCAGCUUGGAAAAAAUUAAACAAUGAAUCUAAUGCUCCUGUUUUAGUUAUUUGUACUUAUUUUCUUUAAAAUAUAUGUAUGUACUGAGCAUUUUGCAUAUUUUA